AUGGAGAAUGAUUCUUCCAAGAAAAUUGAAGUUUCUGCCCUAAACCCCAAUUUACAAUCAAGAGGUGUUUUGGUUGUAUUAGAAGGAUCCAUGAUGGAAGAAAAGUUGAAAUCUGGGACUACCCUCAUUAUAGAUCGUUAUUCAUACUCCGGUGUGGAUUUCUCUUCUUCCAAAGGCCUUGAUUUUGAUUGGUGUAAGGCACCAGAGAUAGGAUUGAUGGCUCCAGACAUGGUCUUAUACCUUGAUAUAUCACCAGAGAUGGUUGAUGCCUGCUUGCCAAUGGAAGAAGUCCAGAAGAAGUUUAGAGAAUAUGUGCUUGAGUGUGUUGCGGCCUGCAAAAAUGGAAGGGCUCUGUCUCACUUCUGGUCACAAUAG